GAUCCCGCUUGCCCUGGCCGGGUUGCGACCCCGUGACUCCAGACAUGUUGAAAUGGCUUGGGGAACAUCUGCAGUAUGGAAGGGCCGAGGAAGCUAGCCUCCUUUGGGGCGCCCUCACCUUGGGAUUUUUCUUCCUACUUCGGGCUUCGGAAUACCUUGAUGUCGGGUACCAAGAUCCCAGAAGAGGCCUGCGUGGGUCCGACGUCACCUUGAAGCUCAAUGGCAAUGCCGUGGCGCUGAACCGGAUCAGCGAAGUUGACGAAGUCACCCUUCUGGUGCGAGGAUCCAAGACAGACGUCUACAAUCGGGGACAGGUCAGAAACCACUUUCGCACUGCGGAAAAGGUGUGUGUUGUGAAAUCCGUCAGGGCAGCCAAAGGUCUGGGACUCCCGGAAGGGGACCUGGGCGCUCACUCGCUGAGGUUCGGUGGGGCAAGUGCCCUGUGGGCACAGUACCAAGACACCUCCCUAGUGAAGCGCUGGGGGCGAUGGGCUUCAGACAGCUUCCAAACCAGGCGCGAGAGACUGCCAAAGGCGUAG